UGACGACUGCGGAAGCAAGUCGUUGCUUUAGCCUGUUAACUCAAAACCAAAACAGAGGGGUUGUUUUCCUUUUAAAUCCUCAAGGAAUCGGACUUUAACUCGGAUAUCGCCUUGACUCUGUCUGGUCGACUUACCUGUUGUGUCUCUGUGCUUGUCAAGGCGACUGAGAGGAAGCUAAAACAGCUAACUGACUAAAAUGGAGGACCCUGGUGGUACAAGAGCAGAGUCGGUGGCUCCAUCACCAGCUGGCACACCUAAGUCAAAGCUGGACACACUGUCCAAAGAUGACCUUAUCAAGUUUUCCAAGAAGCAAAUGGCAGCUUUGCAAAAGAUGAAGAGCAGAUGUGCAGAUUUAGAGAAAGAAGUCGAAUCCAUGAAACAGCAGCCCAAAAACAGCAACAGCAGUUCAGAUGACUCCACGCUGAUACAGGAGCUGACUGAGAGGAUGGAUGCGUUAUUACUGGAAAAGGCAGAAACUCAGCAAAGCCUUGCAUUGUCUCGUAAAGAUUUAGAGAAGACUAAGCAGCAAGCCAAGGAUGAUUUGGCAGUGCUGCAAGGAGAGCUUGAACGUGUGAUGGAAGACCACCAAAGGAAGAUCAAGACCCUAGAGAGCAGCAUUGAGGAAUCCAACAAUAAACAUCAAGAAGAAGUGAUUUAUUUCCAGAAAUUACUGAAAGAACGAGAGGAGGCUGACAGGGAGAGGGAGAGUGAAAGAGAAAGGGAGCGCCUAGCAGAACAUGCCAGUGCCAAAGAGAGCGAAGAAGAGGUCCGACGUUGUUUGGAAGCUCAGCUUGAAACUCUUCGAGCUGAACUUGAACAAACAAAAUCCCAGGGGAUUGCUGAGCUGGAGGAGAGCCACCAGAGGGAGUUGACUGAAGCUCAGCAGGAGGUGGAGAACCUUAAGGAGGAGCUGGCUCAGAGGAGCCUGCAGCACGAGGAGGAAAUGAGGGCUCUGGAGGAGGACUGUGAGGUCGAGAGGGAGCGUCUCCUGUUGCUGCAUGAGGAGCUGACGGAGCAGCUCGCUCUUAAAGACAGUUACCUGCAGGAUGUGCAAGAGGAAGACGAGGAACCAGUCCGUGGUUCAGGGAUCGCCAGAAUGCUGGAGCUGUCUGCAUGCAGUCAGGGUGACUCCAGCCAUGGUGACGGAGAAGAGACAGAGGCUGGAAAACUGAAAGCAGCCAUGGAAGAUCUUCAAGCCCAGAACACAAUGUUACAAGACGAACUCACCCUGCUCAGUAAUGUGAAGAGCGAGCUUGAGGCAGAGCUGGAGAGGGCCAAGGAGGAGUUCCAGAUGGAGAGAGAGGAGAUGGAGUUUAAAAUCAAUGAGUUGCAGAUGAACCGGGAAAGUACCGCCUCUGAUGUAGCGAUAACCCUACAUCAAAUGAACACUGACCCUGACCAACAAGGGAUCCAAAGAGAGGUCCAGCAAGAGGGUGAAGCACACAAAUAUGGAGUGGACGCUCUCCCAUGUGAAUCCAAAGAGUCAACAGUCAGUCCUGUCCAAGACCAAAACUCCUCGAAUCCAGAGGAGUUAGAGAAGCUGAACCAGGAGCUGAGGGCCCAGUGUGAGGCCUUGACCGGGGAGAGAGACUCUGCCCUGGCUGAUUGCCAGUCCAUGAGGGACAUACUACAAUGUGUGGAGACAGAGCUGGGUCAGAAGACAAAAGAUUUUGUUCUUCAGUACAAAGCCAUGAAGGAGCAGGGGGCUAAUACCUUACACGACCUCCAAGACAAGAUCGAACAACUUAGCCAGGAGAGGGAUGGACUGUUGGCGAGGGUCAGAGAGGUUACAGAGGAGAAAAACACUCUGAUGGAGGAUGUUCAAGACCUGAAGAUGAAGCUUGAAGAUUCCCAAGGUGAGGACCAGAAACUCCAGGCCUGUGUAGAGGAACAAACAGUUUUAGCCUCUGAGCUGAGACAAUCUGUGGAAGGACUAACCAGGCAGAACGAGGAGAUCCUCUCCCAGCUGCAGAUGAAGGAAACCAUGACUCAAGACCUGAGUGAGAUGGUUAACAUGCUGACUGAAGAGCGCGACAAAAUAAAAUCCCUGCUUCAACUUCGAGAAGACGAAAUGCAGAAGCUUAACAGUGAGAGAGCAAAAGAAACCGAGAGGCUGCUGGAAGAGAAGGAGGCACAUUUGCUGAGAGAGGAGAAAGAGAAGGAGUUUGAAAUAGAGGCAAGCCUCAAAGAGGAAAUAGGAAGAAUGCAGAUGACAGUUUCCACUUUAGAGCUGACUAUCAAAGACAUCUCUGCAGAAAAGGCUGAACUCCAUCAAACAUUGGAAGAGACACUCUCAGGGCUUUCCCAAGCCCAGGAGAAGAGGGAGCUUUUGGGCUCCAAGCUGGCGACCCUGGAGGCUGAGCUGGAGCAGGAGACGUCUGAAAAGCAUCACCUAGAGACGAAGUUGAAUUCACUGACGGAGGAGGCGGAGGAGGCCCGCAACACCAUUAGCACUCUGGAGGAAAAUCGGUCUGAAGAACUAAAAAACACAAAGGAAGAGGUGGAGGAGCUCCGAAUUCGCAUAGAUGAGCUGGAAAAGGAGAGGAACUUGUUGAGGAGUAGCCUUGAAGAAGCUCAAGGGGAAGUAAGAUUGGAGGAGGUGCAAAAUGAGUUCCAGGCUCGUAUCAGGGACUUGGAACAGGAGAGGAACAUGUUGAGAAACAACCUGGAGGAGGUUGUGAGGGAUACUGAAGGGCUGCAGAAAGACCUGCAGGAUAUGAAGUCAGUCAAUGAGAAGAUUAGUGGUGAGAACCAGAAUUUACAGGCCCAAAUUUCUCUCAUGUCUCAAGAGAAAGAAGAGGAGGAGAAAGGGGAAAUGGAGAAUACGGAAAAAGAGAGGCAAGAGCUUAAAGAGCAGCUGACAGAGAAGGACGAGCUCAUCUCUCAGUUGAGGAGCGAGAUGGCUGCUCUCCAGGACUCUGCUGCCCAGUCUGCUUCCUCUGACGAACAUGCAGCCAUGGAAAUCACAAAGAAAACAACUCUCCUGGAGAAAGAAAUCAAAGAAAAAGACGAGAAGAUGAACAAAAUCAAGGCAGUUGCUGUCAAAGCGAAGAAGGAGCUGGACAACAGUAAGAAAGAGGUUGCAACCCUCAAGGAGGAAGUAGCAUCGCUGAAAGCGGAGAGAGAGAAAGUGAACAGCUCAAUGAAAGAUAUCAUCCAUGGUGCUGAAGGCUACAAGAACCUGCAGAUAGAUUACGACACGCAGACAGAGCAACUGGAUAAGGAGAGAGAGAAGGUGGAGGCGGCAGAGAGACAGAUUGCUGAGCUGACCAAACGACUCAGCAGUGCUGUCACACAGACAGAGUUGCUGACCAGUGAGAAGGAGGACCUGCUGGCCGGUUUAGAGACCACGCGGAGCACAGUCAGGCAGCUGGAAACCCAGAACCAGGAGUUUCAAAGACGGUCGGCAAGUCUGGACAGAGACCUGCUGGCUGAGAGAGCUAUGAAAGAACAGAAGAUGAAGGAGUUGUCAUCUGCCACGACAGAGGUAGAAGAGCUGACAGCACAGCUCCGCAAGCAGCAGCAGCAGUCUCAGCAGACUGCCCAGGAGCUGGAGCAGCUACGCAAGGAGGCGCAGCAGAACUCUCUGCUAGACAUGGAGAUGGCCGACUACCAACGUCUGGUGAAAGAACUCAACACCAAACUGUCAGAGAGAGACGAGUGUGCUGAGGAGUUAAAAGCUCAGAUAAACACACUGACCCAGAGGGAGGAAACGCUGAAACAGGAAAUCGAGGCUUUGAAGUCCCAGCUGGACCAGGGGGAGGAGAAGACCUCCAAGAUGAAACAGCUGCUGGUAAAGACCAAGAAGGACUUGGCCGAUGCCAAAAAACAGGAGAGCUCCCUCAUGGUGCUGCAGGCCUCUUUGAGAGGAGAGCUGGAGGCUAAUCAACAGCAGCUAGAAAGCUCCAAGAUUGAGGUGUGUGAGCUGACAGCUGAGCGCCAUCGUCUGCAGGAGCAGCUGAAGUCUGCGUUGGAACAGCAACAAAGAAGCAGCAGCUCUCUGCAGCAGCGCAUUAACAGCCUGCAGCAGGAGAGGGACGAUGCUAAGGCUGAACUUACGGCAACAGCCGAAGAGUUUGAGAGUUAUAAGGUGCGAGUCCAUAAUGUGCUCAAACAGCAGAAGAACAAAACCACCACCCAGAGUGACGGAGACUCCAGCAAACUAGAGAGGGAGCAGUUGUCCUCUCAGCUAGAUCAGCUGAGGUCCAGGCUGGUGGAGAGUCAGCAGAACCUCCAGAGCAGCACGGCAGAGCUGCAGCAGCUCCAGAAUGAACACGACACUCUGCUGGAAAGACACAACAAAAUCCUCCAGGAAAAUGUUAGCAAGGAGGCCGAGCUCCGUGAGAGGCUGUUAUCAAUGCAGUCGGAGAACGUGACUCUGCGGACAGACCUGUCUCAGGCUCAGGCUGACCUGUCCUCCCAGAUCGAGGCCCAGCGACAGACCUACAGGGAGCAGCUGAGGAAACUGCAGGACGAGCACCGGGCCACCGUGGAGACCCUGCAGGGCCAGCUGACCCGUGUCGAGGAGCAACUCUUCAACCUGCAGAGCCAGAACAGCUCAGUCUCAGUCCAGUCCAGCCGUAAGUCAGACCUCCAGCGGAGAAAUACAGAUCAGAACCAGGCAGGGCUGGGACUAAUGGCCCUCGGCGACCUCCAGUCUAUGGCCAGGGAGGAGGGUGAGGGCAUGGAGACCACCGAGAACGAGAGCCCCUCCCCUGCACUUACACCUUUACCCUCUUUGGAGCAGCUCCUCACAUCCCCAGACCCCAAACAAGAGCCGUUUGUGUGGACAUUGGAGCCCACCAAAGAAGAGCUAAGUCAAAAGCUUAACACAGCCACACGCAGUAUGGAGCAUAUGAACACCCUCCUGCAUGAAACUGAGGCCACCAAUGCUGUUCUCAUGGAGCAGAUCACUUUGUUGAAGAGUGAAGUGCGUCGUUUAGAGCGAAACCAGGAGAGGGAGAAGAGUGUGGCCAACUUGGAGUAUCUGAAGAACGUUCUGUUGCAGUUCAUCUUUCUGCAAUCUGGCAGCGAGAGGCAGGCGCUUCUUCCUGUCAUCCACACCAUGCUGCAGCUCAGUCCAGAGGAGAAAAGCAAACUGGCUGCCAUCGCACAAGGUGAAGAGGAGGCGGCCGGGUCUCGCGGCUCAGGCUGGACCUCUUAUCUCCACAGCUGGUCUGGGAUCAGAUAGACUCGAUGACCAACCAACUACAAAAAAAAAAAAAAGACUGGGAGUACUGUGCUAAGAUGUUACUGGGCCUUUUUCUGUGAAAACCUGUACUGAGCAGUGAUGCGCCAACAAAUAACUCGGAGAUUAACUUGGGCAUUGUUAAUAUAUCGGGAGCACAAUAGAGGGGACCGAGGAAUGUAUAAAUGGAGAAUAAGGACGAGUGUGGGAGAGAAAAUGAAAACCAAAACAUUUGACAUGUUUAUUGAUUUGAAAUUGCAGUGCAAUAGAUACAUAGGUCUCCUACCAAUGAAUGUUAACAAUUACACAUUUCUGUCUUCCUUGAUAUUGACGCAUGUAUUUAUAUCAUAAGAUUUACUGGACGUAAGGAUUCACUUCCUUGAUGUGAAGCUCCCAAGGCAUUAUAAGACAUUAGCACACUGAGAACAUUGUGAGAGUAUAUAUAUAUAUAUAUCACAUCAUAAUGUUAGAAUCACAAUACUGUAUCAAACACACAAUGUGCACAAAUUAUGAGAGGAGGAAUCAGUCAAAGGGUAACUGUGUAGUUAAUGGCAUCAUAUUAACUUGAAUAUAAUUUUCAGAUGUUUGAUUACAUUACAAGAAGUGUCUGCUUGCACUUCUAAUGGGAUUUUAUACUGUGUAGCACAGUACACUUAAAGGACUAUACAAGUGUUUUAGCGCUUUUGGUUAAAAAAAAAUCUUAUAUACUUACAUUUCUUUCAAAAAGUUUCAAAGGCAGUGUCUUAAUUUUUUUGUUGUGUUGUUACUACCUAAGAGGCAGCUAUUGCUCCAAUCCUUACAUUAUGACAUCAACAUCCAUCAGAGUAAACCUCAUGUCUGCCUUAAUUUCUUUUGGCGGUUGCUGCCCAGAAGGUAGAAAAAAAAAAAAACAUUCAGAAAAUGCAACAUGCUUUGGGGAAAGAUCAGCAGUGGUGUUAAGUAUAUGUGAUUUAGUUAUUACGCUUAAACUCGCUAAAGCACUAGUAUGGUCCGGUCUGUCUUAUCAUAAUCCCACUUGAAGUACAAAAGAAUUUAUAUCUCACAUUCUCAGGCUCACCUGACCAACAUGACUGACAAAAACAUUGUAAUAUUAGUAAUGUUUGUACAUUUUCUGUCUAAUUUUGUGUUACUAAUGCUUCAUAUUCAGAAAUCAUGAGCAGUUAUAAUUUUUAUUAAUUGGGUUGUAAUUUAACAUAUCAUCUAGUGAUGAUUGUUUUGUGAUUUUUUGUUCUGGUUUCUGUGUAAUUUGUCGUUACUGUUUGCUGUGGUUGUUAUUAUUUAAUACCAAGUUAUUAUUUUAAUUGAUUCUACAUCUAUUUUUGGAAUACUUUUUUUUUUGUCAGUUGUUGUUCUGCCGUGAUUUGUUGCUACUUCAUCUGUCCCCAUGACAACUACUACUACGACCCUGCUGAAGCCUCAUUGAGCAGCAGGACUCAUGGAUGCUGCUUUUAAGAGUGUCUGACCGUGACCUCUGACCUCUCCGUGGAGGUGGGAGGGGAGGGGGGGGGGUAGAAAAUUCCACACAGAAGUCCCCCUUCCUUUAAAACACACAUCCACCCUCCUUAUAAUCACAUUAAUACAUUUUAGCUCAAGUCCUACCAAUGAUGAAGAUGAUUGGCCUGUUCAUUUCUCAUUCCAGUGGCAGCUUUUUGUGUGAUUCCUUCAGCGUAACUGAAUGUAAUUUUAUCCAGAGUCUUUAUAUUUAUGAUGGUGAACGUCAGCAGAAGCUAUGAGAGAUUCUGGUAACUAUAAAAUCUUAACUGUGUAAGAGUGAAUGAGCAAUAACAGUAUGUAAAGUUGAUUCCACGUUUGACUGUUGUAAAGUGACACUGUAAACUUUUUAUGUUACCACGAGGCAACAGUUUAGUUCAGAGACAGUUCUUGUUUUGUUUUUUUUUUUGUUUUUUUUUCUGGAUUAUUUCCAACUAUAAACAAUAAUUAAGUCAACAUGAA